AUGGCAUUACAAAAAUUAAAAAUUUUUUCUUUAUUCAAAUUAGAGAUUUUGCGCGGAAAUGGUGCUCACCGCUCACAAAGCAUCCAAAGACGAAAUGACUCACUGUCCUUGAAAGCCAAAGCUGUGUCGGUGGCAAUGUCUACACCAAGUACUUUGGUAAACUAUGGUGAACUCGGUGCAAUGAGAUUGCUACAUGUUAAAGAAGGCGACCACACAUAUGGGAGACCACACGCUACUUGCGUUCAAUGGAACGCAAAAACUGCCCAAUACGUUCAUUCCGUUACUGGAGAACAAAUAAAGCUCAAUAGUAAAGUAUAUACUGUAAGUUGGACAUCUUGUUUGACUGUGUAUUGGAAAUUGACUGACGAAGGAGAGAUUGAUAUGUCCGAGGAAGUUUGA